CCCCUGUUUGGUUGGGUGUGUGUGUAAUGCGUUAGAUUGAAGUGCACUUGUCCUCUGCUCGGUCCCUCCCACUCUCCCACUGCGUCCGGUCCAUGUGCUGCUGUUGUCAGGGAAACCCUUUACUGCUACUGGCUCACCUUCCACCGCUGGAUUUGCACUUAAUAUUUUAACAACCCCGCUGGCCUCCGUUAGUCGUGUUUCUCUAGGGCUGUGUGUGUGUGUGUGUGCGUGUGCGUGAGCCGGAGCCUGUGCGAUUUGCUUCUUCUGACAAGUUUGCAUUUGCAGAGAAGGCCUAACCGAGGAGGAGGGGGGCUGCAGUAACAGUGGAACAGCAUCUCUUGAGGAGUGAGGCAGUCAAGCGAGUGCUUCCAGCUCUGGACCCAGCCAGUCUUUUGGAUUAACUCUUCUUUUCUAAGCCCGACUGCAGGAGCUCAUCCUCAGACUCUGUCGCACUCUCUGUGACACUCUUCCUUUCUGACACUGCCAUCGCAGGCGAUCUGGACCUGGCACAGUGAUCUGCUGUGUUUCUGUUUUUCAUACUCUCCCAGGACUGCACUGCACUUUAUUCCUUACUAUCAUCUUUCUUUUUCUCGUUAUCUACAUCUCAUUUUUCUUGUUCCUACAGCUCUUUAAUGUCCACACUCCUCUUUUUUCCUUCUCCGUUUUCUAACGGCCGUCUUGAGCCCAGAGCGGAAGAAAUGAUGUGCUAGCGUUAGCUGUUAGCCAGCGACGUCUUGCCUAGGAGGAAGGCUUUUAGGUUGACCCUGUCUAUCGCUAUCCUCUUGAUCCAUCACCGUGCAGGCACCACCCACCGCUGCAGGGAGGGAUGGGCCGGGUGUGGGUGAGUACGCCAGGGGUCUGAGGGUAAGCAACAGGGCAAGCAAUGCCAGAGAGUAAAGGGCAUGGACGAGGAAGAGGCGGAGGCGGGUGCUCAUGUAGCAAGUGGAAACUUAAGAAGGGAGGAAGCCGUGCAGCCGUCCCGGCACUGUUCACCAUCACUGAGGAAGAGGAGGGACAGAGACGGAGGGAUGUUCGUAAGAAAAAGAAAAAAGCUUCCUUCUCACAGGAUGGCAGAGAGUCUUCUGCCACUCGCCCGAGCUCCUCUGGCUCUGGACAGACCUACACCCCCACCCUGACCCCGACUCCCACCCCGACCCCAACCUUCAGCCACACCACCACCAGCAACAGCCCCGGCAACGUCGCCGCCACCAAAACAGACUCGCUGGUCUUCAACAAGUUGGAUGAGAGGCAGAGGCUUGCCCGUGAGCGCCGAGAGGAGCAGGAGAGGCAGAACGUCAGAGAGGCCCAGUGGCAGGCACGCGAGGAGCGGGCGAAGCAGCACUAUGAGAAGCACCUGGAGGAGAGGAAGAAGAAGCUGGAGGAGCAGAGGUUGAAGGAGGACCGGCGGCGAGCUGCCGUGGAGGAGAAGCGGCGUCAGAAGCAGGAGGAGGACAAGGUUCGUCACGAGGCGGUGAUUCGUCGGACGACGGAAAGGAGCCAGAGAACUCGACCGAAGCCCAACCGCUGGUCAUGGGGUGGAGCGCUGCACACCAACACGCCCAGCACGCCCGCUGGUUUUGUUGAGUCGGCUUUCCUCUAUCCACUCGACCUUGCUGGACUGGAGCACAUGCAGGGUGCUUUCAGUCUCUACCACAGAUACGGAAUGACCUCCCAAUAUGCUGACAGGAGGUCAGUGUCCACGAUGAAUCUAUCCAAACAUACAGACCCUGUCAUUACCAAGCGCCUCUCUGCUUCCUCCGCCACACUGCUACACUCACCAGACCGAGGUUUACAGAUAAGAACCGCAUCUUCCCCUGUCAUUAACAAAGCUCAGUCCAAAUCCCAGCUACCCCAGGGAAAGACCAGCCAACACAAAACAGGUCUGCGCCGUCUUCCAUUGACACCGUGGGAAAGCAAUAUUGUGAACCGUCUGCAGCAGCCAACACACUCCUACCUGGCCCGUAGCCGCAGUGCCAUGAGUCUGUCUGGAGAGCAAACAGCCAUGCCUGUGUGUCCUCGCUCAGUGUCUUGCCACCCCAUGGGCUCCAUGUCCUUCAAGACCCUGCAGGCUCAGCCGCUCCCUCACUGCCGCAGCCAGGAGAGGAGCCUCAGCAGGGAGACGGCCUCUUCCUCCUCCACAGUCCCACGCAGGAGGACCACUGGAACCACACAGAAGAAAGAGCGAGACGGUGUCAGGAAGUCAUGGAGCAACCUGUCACUCCCAUUGGUUCCCAUUCUGACUUUGCCACCCAGCAGACAUUCCUCUUCUCCAGCCAAGAAGAGCACCAAGCACACAGCACCCUCUCCUGGCAGGCCUCCCCAGAAGCCAGCAGGGCGCCCUCCAACGCCCAAGCUGCUGAAAUCUCCAGGAGCUGAAGACCCUGGAAACCUUCGUCCAGUCAGGAUUACACCUGAGAGCCCUGUGAGCCUGACACCCUUCAAAGCCCAAGAGGAGGAAGAGCAGGUCCUCAGUCCACCUCAGCCUCGACCCCAGCCGCUAGGUCAGAACAAGGCCUCAACAGACCAGACACCAGCAGCACCUACAGCAGCCACUGAAAGUGUAAGCAGUCCUCCAGCCCACAAGCCCUCCACUGGCACUACAGAUCCAGAGGAAGCAAGUCGUAUACUGGCUGAGAACCGUCGCCUGGCCCGCGAGCAGAGGGAGAGAGAGGAGGAGGAACGCAGACAACAGGAGGAGCAGGCAAGGUUAGCAAAGGAAGAGAUGGCUCGACGAAAGGCAGAGGAGCGGGCAAAGAGAGAGGAGGAGGCUCAGCGGCAGGCAGAGGAAAGGAGAAGGAAGGAGGAGGAGGAGGAGAGGAAAGCAGAGGAAGAGAGACUGCAGAAGGAAAGAGAGGAGACAGAGAGACUCCAAAAGCAGAAAGAAGAAGAGGAGACCAAACAAAGACAAGAGAACGAGAGACUCAGAAAGGAGAGAGAGAAACAUUUCCAGAAAGAGGAGGCUGAACGCCUGGAGAGAAAAAAGCGGCUGGAGGAGAUCAUGAAGAGAACGAGACGUUCAGACACAGCAGAGAAGAAAGUUAUUCCUAGCAAAAAUGGUGAUGGUGCAGGGACCUCUGCAUCUCCUGCUCCUUCUGCAGUGAAUGCGUCACCAACACACAACAGUAAUGGUAGCGGUCGCCAGCCUGACCCCAUCACGAUCCCCAGCACUGCAGCACUGAGCCACCCUGACCAGAGAGAGAACGGGGAGUUUGAAGAGGUUAUUGAACUGCCUUCACAUUCCAGGCUGUCUCCUCCAGAGGGAGAGGAGGAGCGGCAGCAGCAGGAGGAGAGGCUCCCUGUCAUAGCCUUUAGGGAGAACGGUCUCCUGAAGCCUCUGAGUGGAAUAGAAGACAUAUCAGCACAGCAGGGAGCAGAUGUUGCUUGAAGUGCUGUCAGGCCAAAAUGAGUCCACACACAGAGACGCAGGAAAAGAAGUGGUCAGAGAAAGGUGGAGAAACGAGCUAUAUGACUGAAUCAAAGGAAACACAAGCAGCGCAUCAGCUUUCCCAAAGAUGGUGUCUCCAAAGAUUUUCCUAAAAGCAUCUCCAGAGCGAAGUUACUUUCCCCUCAACAGACUCUCUGCAGGUGGUCUCUCAGUUCCUGUCCAUGUUUACACUUGGUCAUUAUGUUCUGUGCACAGCCUCACCCAAAAAAUACUGAAGGUAAAUGCCCUGACGUCACAGGAGAGGCUUUGAUUGGCCCGUCAUCGCUUGCUUGUGUGGUGAGUGUGAAUGCGAGACUAAUAAUUAUGUAAACUGAAAUCAGUUGUGAUACUUGAAGUCUUCUCUGUAGAUCAUGUUGUCGUAUUGGCUGCAAUAUCAGCAAUGCAACGUCACACCAGGCUCAGAAUUACGAAGUUUCUUUAAAAUGUGUUUAACUUUAUAAUUCUCAUAUUCAUCGUUUCUGUUGAAGAGGUGGGCUGUAGGAAUGAUGUAAGUACAUGAAGUUGUAUUAAAACUACAGCAAAGUUUAAUGUAACAUAUUUUGAAGUGUCUACUGUGCUUAAGACUAGAGGUUAUUAAUGGGUGAUGUAUUAUGGAGUCUAAGUUAAGUAAUAACAAAUACUCUCAUCUGAUACUGUAAACUACUGAUCUUUUGCUUAGUUUUAUUUAAUUGCUGUACAGAUAAAAUGAUUUUUUUGUUCUUUGCUCAAAUGGAUUGCUUUCGCUCGUUUACCUAUCAAAGCUACAUCCUACGUCCUGUCACACUGGAGGAGCUCACUGUGGCUCAGCAGUCUCAUGUAGCAGAUUGACCUUUGUUUUGCCCAAGUAUCAUAUUGAUUAAAAUAAUUUACUGGUGAUGUUAAUUUUGAAAUAUGAUUUGUUUGGAUUGAAGGAGAAGUGCUGCUAAUUCUAAUGUUUCUUUGCCUUAUUGCAUUGUAGAAUGAGAUAAAUUGACUGUACUCAUUCUCACUGAGAUGAAAACAUGCAUUCCCAGGUUGAGGUUUCACAUUCUGGCCGUGCAUUCAGACUCAACUGCGUUUCUUUUCAUAUGUCAAAUUAUGAAAAAAGGAUGAUUAUAUGCUGGAUCUGUUUGUCAGUUACAGAUGGUUGAAUGUCAAUUGGUCACUUAAACAGCUUUUAUCUAAUAAAACAAGAAAGGGGGAAGUGAGUAAUACAUUUUGACUGACAUUCUAGUUCCUCUUGAAAAAAUGUCAUACUGCUCUUGACACCAAAUGGCAAAAAUAUUAAAGAAAAGUGCAGA